AUGGCACAUGAGCCGAAUGUGCACGAUCUAGACGAUCUGCUGGAUCUUCUUCGUGCCUUAAAUGAGCUUGGCUCUAGCUCCGAUGUGGAUACAAGGAAAUUAAGAGAAAUUCGGAUUCUCUGGCAGGUAAUCUUAGGAAUCGAUGAACACUUGUUUGAUCGGCUACAAUAUACCAAUUUGAGUUUGGAGAUACGGUCGCAUCUUGGACGAGCGAGCUUCCAUUGUCUGAGCGGCAGUGACCUUGACACCGAUUUUCCAGUGCAAAAUGCUGUCGGUGAUGUGCUUUUAACCAAAUCAUUGAUACGCUCCAUUGAGGAGGAAACAGGACCUCAUUUGCAACGCAACAUCACACAGGAAUUGAGCAUGAUAAACAAGAUUAGGCUGGUUUUAUUUGAUUUGGAAAGCGUUGUGUCAAAUCUCUCUACAAAGUCACGUCUGAUGGACUAUGUGUCGCAAGCUUACAAGUAUGAAGUAUAUUACCAUAGAAAAGCUGGACAGUUAUUGGAGGACACUAAUAGUGAUCUAAUGAAGGAAGAAGAAUCGCUGGUUCCACUCAUGUUCGAAACAAACAACGAGUCGUUCAACACAUGUUAUAAGCAGAGCUUGUUGAUGCUGACGGCAUCCCUCCCCUCUGGAGCACUAACACCUUCAAAAAUUCAGAAAGCAGCAAAACUUACGGUGGAUACCUUUAUGACCAUCAAUCGUAUCAAGGUGAUAUAUGAUCUGCAGCUCGUCAGUGAAUUUCAUUUGCGCAUCUUCAAUAUCAUCAAAUAUCCUCUUCGCAACUCACAGAAACGAGAUGUUCUCGAACAGAAAAUUGACGACUAUCUCUCGCUUUAUCCGAUCAUUCCCAUUUUGAAACCUAUAAUACGACAAUUGAUGCAUGAUGAUCAACGCAGUACGGAUGAUGAUGAUAUUACACAGAUUUUGAGCUUGCUAGAUCGACUGCUAGCAAGGUAUUUGGAACACGCACAAGCGCCUUUGUCUGUGAGGUGGUUUUCGCGUAUAUUUGAGAAAUACAUUGACUUGUUGAAGGAAGACGGAAAGAGUUUAAGCGAGGAUAUGUACUACCAAGAUGUCAAACGGGCCACUCUCAAAUGGAGCAACAGAGAAAUCACGCCCGACUCUUUCGUAGAAGACCUGUUGGCUUUGUCUCUCAUUCCAAGUUCAAGGGCUUUCUCGUUUCGUGGACAGCUGUUACCGUCUGUGGCAAUGCGAUAUGCUCUGGUGUGUGUCAAACACGAAGUUGAGCUCAAAAGCAAAUAUCUAAGACUCUGGUUUGAUUCAAUGACGUACGUGCGAACAGACCGCGAGCUCUUGAACAUUUGGAGAAAAUCGGUCACCUCAACAUUUUUGAAAAGAUGGUACAACAAGAGCCAGCUCUAUCUGGUCAAGAAUCAAGAUGCAGUUAAGUUCCGAAACACAAUGCUCCUCAAGAAUCACGUUCAGAAAUGGGUCCAGAAACUGGAAAGAAAAACAGAAACCCAACAUCAAGCGGAUUUGUUCACCGUUUCCAAGAUGUUUUUCAAAUGGAAGCAGGAAAUUGAGCGUUUCAAAGGCUGCGCUAGUCCCUAUGGUAAGGAGUCUUAUUUCCUUAAGAAAAAAUUCUUCAGGCUUUGGAGGACUGCUUCACUAGCUCGUACUUCAAAGCUCUCGGAUAUUAAUGACAAAAUGACGCUUCAACUGAUGUUAACCAGAUGGCAUCAGAAGCUCAGAAACCAUCGUCAACUCAUAUGGAGAGCUGACCAAGCUAGAGAGAUGCUUCUCAAGUCGCAUUAUUUCAAUGUCUGGCACAGUGAAUCAGCUCCAGGAAUAGAUAAAGCAAAAAGGCUGCAAUAUUAUGAAGACCGAUUUGUUCAAUCCAAUUACUUCCACGGAUGGGUAAUGGCAUACAAUCUUCAUGUCUUAGAAGAGGAGGUAUGCAGGAAUAACAAUCGACACCUGGUGCAUUGGAUUUUCGAAAACUGGAAGCAAUUUCAUCAGCAGCAGAAAGUUUACAAACAGUAUGUUCAAAAACGAAAUGCUGAUCUCUUGGAGAAUUUCUUCAAUAAGUGGAAUAAAGCACAGCGACUGCUUUCUGUUGCAGACGAUUUUAGAAGACAGGCCCUACUUCAAAGAGUCUUGAGCCAUUGGAAGCUGGUCCUUCAGGAGUCGAAGGUGUAUCGCCAGCAAGAGGCGAUAAUCUUGAAGAAAUACAUGCAAAGAUGGCGAUUACGCACGCGGGAAGAUGUAUUUUUGCAAGGUGUAGCUGACACGUUGACGCAAAAGACGUUUGAGAGUUGGCAUUCGUUGGCUGUCGAACGACUCAAACAACGCCGGAAGGCCGAAGAGCUUCACUUGAUAUUCACGAAAAAAGCAUUUUUGAGAUUUUGGUUUUCGAAGCUGGCCCACUCUCGUGAUAUGCUAGUGCGAGCUGAGGAGUGGCGAUUAGAGCACGAUGAAGAACACAAGAGGAAACUCAUCUCCACGGUUAUGGUAGCUUGGAUUAAAGCAUUCGAAACGGUACAAGAAACGAGCAAGAAAUUGCGAGUCAAGCUCGCAGACUAUGAAACGUCGCAUUCAGAAGCGAAAAUGUUCAAGCUCUGGAAGCAAAAGUGGGAAGAUUACUAUCGAGAUGGCCAAGAUGCGGAAAGUUUUAGGACGUUGUCUCUGGAAACCAAAAUGUUCAACAAAUGGCUCCGUGCUUAUGAUAGAGUUUUGGAACUUGACGAAAUAUGCGAUCACCAUCUGGAGGUGAGCAAUGUCGACCUCCUUUCUCAUAUUGUAUCUCAAAUGUCACUCAAAGCGAUCAAAAUACAGAAUGACCUGAGAAAUGCCGACCGCUUCAAAGAGAGAUGGUCUCGGAAUAAAAAAAGAGUAUUUUUCGAUAUGUGGAGAUUCAGCUACGAAGAAAAGAAAAAGAAUAGAGAGGACGUCUUUGUGGACACAAACGAAGUAUCGUCAUUAUCUCCGCUGGCCCAACGCAGACGUUUUAACGGAGCUGUUCCGGAGACGCCAGGCGUUGUUUUUGGGACGCCCGGGCGCUGGCUGCGCACGCCUGCUGUUGCACGGACAAAUUCGAUUCCCGCUACGGAACGGGUCAGAAGAAUGUACCUCGAACAGCGCCGUAGCCAGUAUCGCCAGGUCAAACAAAGAUCGCCCGAAAAGGGAGACAUCUCGACUCCGACACGCCGAGCCCGCACCGAGCGAACAUAUCUGGACGAGGACAACGUAUUUAUACAGCGCGACGAAACAUGAUUACGUUUAUUACUUACUCUGUAACCUUGUAAAUCGUAAUUUUAGGAGAGUUUGGAUCCUUCAGGAUGAUGAAGGUGUAGUCACUCUUCCCUCCGUCGGCUUCAACAAUGUCCAAGAUGGACCUAACAAUAGCCCAGCCGUUUCCAAGAGACAGGUUUAUUUGGGCACUGAGACCAGAUGGGUGGAAAGUCAAAGCGCCGGCCACGAUGUGCUUGGUAUUGUCUUUUGGAUUUGCUCUGGACACAAAACCAAUUUUCAUGCUGUCUAUUCCAGCCAGUAGAGACUUUGUGGUCCAUCUGGCGAUUUUGUUGUUGUUCUUUUUGAUUUCCUCAGCAAAGAUAACUCCUCUGGAUCCACUGAGUCUAUUCUUCCAGUCGUUGGAUGGCGACGGAGCGUACUGGUUCAAUGCAUUGAUAGAGAGAUACUUGUUCUGCUCCCUGGAGUAGGCGUCGAUCUCGGUUCUCACAAUGAUGUCAAGUUCUCGCGAGUUGUCGCUGACAGAAGGAAGCAAGAACCUCCUGUACUUGUAACCCUUGUUCAGCAGCGACUCGCUAGUAGCCUUGGAUGCAAAUGGGUUCUCAGGGUGUUCAAACUCUUGCACGGAAGAGUCCAAAGAAUUGGCCAAAAAGUUGUUGUUGAUGAAAGUCGCUUCCAAAGACAAGUUUGAGGCGCUGUUCACAUCCGAGUCAGGAAGAUCGAUAGGGGCAUUGUAGCUGUUUUCGUCCACCUCUAAUCUAUCAGUGUUUUCUCUCUUGUCGAAAUAAAUGAUUCCGUCUCUCUUGGUCACCUUGAUGUCCCAGGAGUAACUCGAUCUGGCAGCACACAUCAGCUGAGAAAGAAUCGAGUCGGUCACGAAAACAGAAGCUUUUUUAUCGCUGGCCAAUUUUUGGAUCACAGGGUCUUCUGAUGUGGUUGGAUUCAGAAUCACUUUGUCGACAACACUCAAUGCCUGUUGCUUGAAAGAUUCAAAUUUCUUCACAUAGCCGUGGACGCUUCCGUAAGACUCCAGAUCUGUACCUUCGCCGACUUCCAGAUUCAACUUGGCGAGCUUGUUGAAUUCAAUUUCGGACACUGAGUGCCAUUUCGGAUUCACUUUGAGAGAUGGUUCUCUGACCUUGUCGUCCUUCUUGAAUCUGUUGUUGAAAUUUCUAUAAUUAGGAUUCACGUUGGCAUUCGGAUGACCUUGUUGAGGACGAGAAGGUUGGUUUCUGGCAACAUUGCCUGGUUUUCCUCCUGGCUUCUGAUUCGCGACCCUGUUUCUGCCCCGCAGAACGGUCUGUUGGUUGGCAGGAAUGGCAUUGCUGUUGUCCACCACGCUGAACUCUUCCUCCUCUUCUUCAGCACCAAAAAGCUUGGCAGCGGAAGCACCAUAGGCAUGAUAGUGAUCCUUGCGCUUUUGGUUUUGGUUUUUCAACUGCUGCUGUUUCAGCUCGUCCUCCUUCGACUGUUGCCAGUCAGCAGCCUUUCCCAGUCUGUCGGCCUUGGAGAAAGGAGCGUACGGAACACCACUGAACUGUAAGCUAUCAGGAAUCACACUGGAAGGCCCCCAGGCAUCAUUUGGAGACGAAAGCUUGGAAAAAUCAAAUG